AUGAGAGAGUUUUACGCUCAACUGCUCCUCUCUCUAGUGGUGUGUGCAUUCGCGCGCCCCCUACAACGGGAUGAGACACACGCCGCGGAACUGCGCGACCUCAACUUCGUCGCGUACGUGGAGAAUUUCAAGGCCACGAUGGCCGACUACGUGAGCACGCAGUACAGGCAUCUGACGCUUCACGAGAGGGAGGCGGUAGAAGCGAUCCUCGAGGAGUUCAUUCUGGAUUUCGGGAAAGGCGUAGCGGAAGUUUUGGCGCGGUCGGCGAACGAGACAAAGGCAAACGGUCUAGAUGUCGAAAGGACACGGAAUCAUUCGAAAUUCGAACCAGACGACGGAAUAUCCGAAGCGACGUCCGAGAACAUCAAGGCGACGCUUCUCAGGGAGUUUCCCGAUAUAAGCGAUGCGGAUGCGGAUGACAUAGUGUACGGGAUACGUGUGAACCUGCUGGCAACACGCCGGCGACUGGACGGGCUCAUCGAGAGUUCGAAGUUUGCUGUUAGUUCGGCGGCUUUGAAAGCUUCGGCGGAAGAGGUCCGCGGGCAGACGACCCACGGACUCGGGAGAACAACG